AUGUCUUCAAUGGGUGCCGGCGUGCAAACUCAGUUCACUUGCGAGGACGCCUGUGUGCAAACUCAGUUCACUUCAAUGGAUGCUGGCGUGCAUACUCAGUUCACUCUGAAGGACGCCGGUGUGCAAACUCAGUUCACUUUCCAGGACGACGUCAAAACAUGGAUUGACAGGAGCACUGCCCAGAAGGGGUUCACCGGCCAGAUUGCGCUGCAGUAUGAAAUCCAGGGGCUUGAAUUAUUCGUAGACCUCAUGACAGAGCCAAUGACCAUCCCAAAACAUCAUGUAUCAUUUUGGUUCCAUACUUUGUUCAACCUCACGGAUGGAUCAUGUUCAGUUGUUUCUGGGAGAACUUUUGGAUUGUCUCAAAUCUCACCGUUUCGUGACGGGGAAAAUGGACCGUGCCGAGGAGGCCAGGUUUAA